UGGUAAACAGCAUCCUCACGUCAGACAAUUCCUUACCUAUCUCGUUCAGUCAGUUUUGUAUGGCAGAAAUAUAACAACACUUCCGGAUUGUGGUAGAAUCUAUUUAUAUAGACAUUAGUUAAAAUAUCUAUUAUGCGGCGUAACUAUAUUUAUGCUACUGUCCUAAGGUUGGCAGACUAUAUAUAGACGAUUCAAUUUCAGGGAGCUUCUCUUCAAAUACAGCCACCAUCUAAACCCAAGCAUCAUGGCCCCUGUGAUCCCCGACUGCGGCAUCUUCUCCACACCCCGCCGUGAACCUCGCCUGAAGGUGCUGACAGAGGAGCUAGAGCAGCAGCCCCCCCUUCACAGCCCCGGCACCCCCAGCCUCGCACAGCUGUCCCUCACCUCCCCCAAGGAUGCCCUCAAGGCCUCUGAUAUACCCACAACCUCAGGGAUCAGUACGAGCUUCUACAAGUCUCCCGCAGCCCCCAGCAAGGCCCACAAGUCCCCCAAGGAGCCCGCCCCCCGAGCCCCCCCACCCAAGCUUGUGAGCAAGAGGAGUAAGGGCAUGGAGAUCAACAGGGGAGUCGGCCAUGGAAUCAAGAAGCCCAAGACUAAAUUACUCACUGAAAAAGCGAAGAAGAAGAAGAUGGAGGCAACUGUCAAGAAGAUCAAUGCAAAGGCGCCCUACAUUCCAGCCAACAGGAUCGCCAUGAAGUCACCACCUGUGCAGCAGAAGAGAAAGCUGCAGUAUUUGUCUCCCCCGGGUGUGUCUUUGUUGAAUGGUGAGCAGCCUGAGGACUCCAUCUUGCCCGAACCCUCCAGCGGCAAGUUCUUCACCAGCCGCUCCCGUGCCGCUGCGACCGUCCAGAUCAGCAAGAACAUAAAGCUGUCAGCUAAGUAUGGAGACGUGUCCCUGAACCAGAAGGGCCGAGGCUUUGCCAAGAAGAACAUAGGGCGCCAGCUGGAGGAGAAGCUGGACCAGUACCUGCAGCAGUCCCGCCUCACCAAGGGCAUCAAUGAAGUGUUGCCGCUCCCCUCUGUGGCGAGCACCCCCCGGCCUGGCCCUACCCGCGUGCCCUCCAGCCCCUCACCCACCAAGAGGGUCACCCAGGGCAGGAAGCGUGCGCCCUCCCCCAGAAAGACAGCCGCCACCGCCACACAGAAGCAGCCCAGCACCUCCACGGAUGGCGAGCUGCAGGAUAUGGAGGCCAUCGUGAAGGAGUGGGACAAGGAGGAUAUGGAGGAAGGACGUCGGUCAUCGCCAAGAAAACAACAGCGUGCAAGUGCUUCAGAGUUUAACGAGACCCCACAGAAACACAGCGGCUUGUCAACACCCACCCGGCGAUCACCCAGGAAGAUGAUGAGGGACAGCUGUGCCUCACCACUCCGCAAGUCACCAAGGAAGGGGAUGGGUAGCAGCUGUGCCUCACCAGCCCGCAAAUCACCAAAGAAACAGGUUGCCGAGAGUCACACCCCACUCCGAGGUUCACCACGUAAACUCCAGCAUGACCAGAUGGACUCACCAAGCAAGGGUUCUCGUGCCAGCCAGGCGGUGAUGGAGGGUGUCAGUGCUUCGCCGAGGAGGAGGUCCCCGAGGAAGCUUGAGAGGCCCACCCCAAAGAAGGUUGAGAAGGAGGAGGAGGAGGAGAAGGAAGAAGGAAAGCCAGUCACUCCAGAGGCUCAGUCGUCCAAGGAAGUGAAGUAUUUCCCGAUUUUCUACCCCAAGACCAGACUUUCCGAGUGUCAUAUCCUGAAAAGUAAACAUGGAGGAAGCCUCAAGAAGACACCCCUAGGGAAGAACGACACACAGAUGAUGAUUGACGCUGGGCAGAAGGAGUUUGGGGCGCGCCACUGCCCCAUGUGUGGACUGCUGUACGAAGUGGGCAACCCCGAGGACGAGGCUUCACACAUCGAGUACCACCACCACAUGUCCGCUGCUCUCAGGCACAACGGGUGGAAGAGGGAAAACCUGGCACGGGAUCUCGACCACCUUGGGGGCCGUGUGCUGGUGGUGUCAUCACAGGACUCCCAGAGCUGGUGGCAGAAGGUGGAGGAGGUGCGGGAGGUGGUGGACAACGAGCUGGGCUUCUCCGAGAACAGCAUCAAGACCCGGGAGAACACCAAGGUCUUCCUGUACGUGCUGGAGCGCCAGGUGGUGGGCUGCCUCAUCGCUGAGAAGAUCAACAAGGCUUACCGCGUGGUGCCCCAGCAGCCACGGCAGGAGGAUUCUGGCCGCCUGGUGUGUUGCUCCCAGGCCCCCACCAAGGUGUGGGUUGGGAUCAGCCGGGUGUGGGUCCUGCAGGCACACAGAGGGAAGGGCAUUGCCACCACGCUGGUGGACGCCAUGAGGAACAACAUGAUCAAGAACCACAUCCUCUCCAUCGACCAGUUUGCCUUCUCUGACCCCACUGAGGUCGGCCUCAGCUUUGCUGAGAAGUACGCCGGGAAGCCAGAUUUCCUUGUGUACCGGCGAGAGUUCUAGUUCUUAUAAGGCAAGAAAGCAGCUGUAGUAAGGUCUUCAUAUAUCUUGUGAUUGCUUUAAAAAAUCUUAGCUGUAAAUGGAAACAUUUAUUUUUUUAGUUUUAUACCAUAGGAAGAUUUUCAUUACACUGCUGUAGUGUCAAGGUGGAAUGAAGGAGGCCCGGAGGUACCAGGGACAAUCAGUUGUAGCUGCUCACAAGGAACCUUCUCCAGAGAAAUGACAAAAUGGUAAAGAAAUUUGUGCAGGAAGUUGCUCUUUACAAAAUACUUUGGAUAAGUUUAUGUUUAGGUGUGGAUUAUUGUUCUGCUGUGAAUGAUUUAUUGCCUGGUGGGCACUGUUAUCUAAAAAAGGUGCUUAUUUGAAUCAAAUCAAUGAAGAACAAAGUAGUAAUGCUUUUGUUACAUUUUACAUUCGGGAUUGUAGUUUUAAUACAAAUAAUUUAUUUUUCAUAUAUGUACAUAAUCCAAUCAUCAGACUGGAUGCCAGAUAGUUUAUAAUGUUGCUGAAGCAAUUUCUCUCAAGCCUCAGCGCUGGGUGAGAAGGAUUUGGCUGUGACUGUAACGGCUUAUGUUAGUGGAGGAAGCUGUGUGUGUCUAGAACUGUCUGGCAGGACCUUGAGCAGGUGGCUGACAUCACACAAAUGUCUGGUAGGAUCUGAUCUUGAAGAAAGGAUUCACAGUGGCAGGUUGUCCCCACAAGAUGUAUGUCAUAUUGGUACAAACUUUACAUUUCUAUUAUAUAAUUCAUGUCUUUUCAUGUUCAAUUAUCUUGAUCAGCUCAAAAUGAAUGAAAUUGAAAUUAAGAUGCCUAAAUCAUCAUUAAUUUGUAUCACAAUUUUGUUGUUUUGAACUACAAUUUGGCUUAAUUUUAGGAUUUUUCGUAUAAAGUGAAUUCUUUAUAGCACUUGCAGUGAUCUGUGUGUUGCGUAUCCUCAGGUUAUUGACCAAUUUUUAUUUUUUGUUCAGUAGAGGAAAACUUUUAUACUGAAUGUGUCAGAGAUGAAUAAAUCUAUAAUUUUCUCCAUU